CGGCGCCCGCAUUAGUGUCCACCGGCCGGCGAGCAGCAGGGCCCGGAGCUGGGGGUCCCCGAAAGGUCGACGGUCUCAAAGCUUGGUAAGCUUGGUGAAUAGCGCCCGCGGGUCGCCGCCACUGUCCCCGAGCCGAGCCCGCUGCUGUCCGCGCUCCCGCCGGCCCCGCGCCGCCCCGCCGCCGCCGCCCGAUGAAACUGGCCGCGAUGAUCAAGAAGAUGUGCCCGAGCGACGCGGAGCUGAGCGUCCCGGCCAAGAACUGCUACCGGAUGGUCAUUCUCGGCUCCUCCAAGGUGGGCAAGACGGCCAUCGUGUCGCGCUUCCUCACCGGCCGCUUCGAGGACACCUACACGCCCACCAUCGAGGACUUCCACCGCAAGUUCUACUCCAUCCGCGGCGAGGUUUACCAGCUGGACAUCCUGGACACGUCCGGCAACCACCCCUUCCCCGCCAUGCGGCGCCUGUCCAUCCUCACGGGGGACGUCUUCAUCCUGGUGUUCAGCCUCGACAACCGCGACUCUUUCGAGGAGGUGCAGAGGCUCAAACAGCAGAUCCUCGACACCAAGUCCUGCCUCAAGAACAAAACCAAGGAGAACGUGGACGUGCCCCUGGUCAUCUGCGGCAACAAGGGCGACCGCGACUUCGACCGCGAGGUGGAGCCGCGCGAGAUCGAGCGGCUGGUGGGCGCCGACCCGCAGCGCUGCGCCUACUUCGAGAUCUCGGCCAAGAGGAACAGCAGCCUGGACCAGAUGUUCCGCGCGCUCUUCGCCAUGGCCAAGCUGCCGCGCGAGAUGAGCCCCGACCUGCACCGCAAGGUGUCGGUGCAGCCCUGCGACGUGCUGCCCAGGAAGGCGCUGCGCACCAAGAAGCCGGCCGACGCCGUGGGCGUCGUGGCGCCCUUCGCGCGCAGGCCCAGCGUGCACAGCGACCUCCUGUACAUCCGUGAGAAGGCCAGCGGCGGCGGCCAGGCCAAGGACAAGGAGCGCUGCGUUAUCAGCUAGGGCCGCCCCGUGCGCCCCCCGGACAGACGUGGCGGCCCCGCCCCACCCCCAACGACGCGGACAGGUCCCAGUAGAGGGUGGGCAUCUAGAAUGGGGCGGGGUGGGAGCCGACCAGGUUCGAGAUCCCCAAGACGGCCAGCAGCAGGGACAGGGCGAACUGGGCAUUAACUAGUCUGCGACUUGGGUUGCCCUGACGACUGGCGACAGCUGACGCCCUGAGAACUAAUGGGGUGUGGGUCCACUCAUAUUCAAGUGAUUUGUUUACAUGUGUAUGUGAAGUUGCACAAGGGAAAACUAAACAGCAAACUUGCACUUUAAUGGUAGUUCUGGUGUCAUCACAGACAUGAACAAAAUCUUAUCCAGGUGUUUCUAUUAUGUGUGUGUGUCAGUCUGUUAUUGUUACUUUUUUAUAUAUAUAAUAAAAUAAUUAAAAAAAAAAACGGGUUUCUUUUGCUUUUAGAUGUGACCAGGGAGAUGGGAGAGAAGGUAGUGACUUUCUGCUGCUCUGGGGUUGAAUCACCUUCCCGGUUACUGGAAAACCACCUUGCCGCUGGAAACUGCUUCAGCUCUGAAGGAAAGGCUCCAGUUGACUGGGCUGAAGCUCUUUUAUUUAGGAAAGGAAUCCUAACUGCCAACAUAACAAUCAAGGAGUUUAGGGUGUUCCCUAGAGAAGCUUCUAGCCAUUUACCCCUUGGCUCUUUGAUCAUUUUUGUCACAGGACAGUGCAGUGUCACAGUAUCGUGCUUUUGUCAUUAUACUCAGGGUAGGCCCUGGGGAAAUCAAACCUGGAACUCUCUAUGGGGUUGAGGGUCACUGAAACCCUGAUUUCAGAGAAGGACUCGGAGCCUUGGGAAAUAGACCUGGGGCAAGCUGAUGCAAGAGCCUAACAUGCCAGGACUCCCAGCAGUUGGGGGUCACUCAUCUUAACUCAGGCUCCAGCUCUAGACAAGCGACUGCAGCCAAGGUGUCACUCAAAUUUUUCCCCUUGGAAGCCCGUGGGGAAAAUACAGAGUGUCUCCUCUGCAGUGAAUGCUGAGGGGAUUAAGUGCCUAGCACCCAGUAAUCCAGAUACCUUGGUGGCUUCAAGGUCCCCAGCAAUGAGAUGUCCAACCUGGUGGGGGUGGGUGGGGGGAGCUGCCCCCUGCCUGGACCCGCGCACUGCCACAAUGAUGGCUGGUUCCUGCUUCCAGGGAGUCUUUUCAUAGGGUUCAGCUGUGUAUGCGGAGGGGAGAGAUGAGAACCAUGGUCCUCACCAUUGAUUCUGUCUCCUCUAACUGAACGAUUUAUUCUCAAUUGUCCCCAAGAGACAGCCUGCUGAGUUUCUCAGUACAAAGACGAAGGUGUCUUGGUGCGGAACAGUUUAUUCUCUGAAGAUACCUGCCU